AUUUAUUUGAAGAUUAUGUUGCAAUAAAAGGCUUAAAUAGAAAUUUAAAUGAAGUCUAUAUUUUAAAACACUUCAGAUUUACUGAGAGAUGUUAAAAUGAGCGAUUUAAAAAAGUAAAAAUUAGAAAAGUGUGAGUCUUUAGAUAUGAUAGCAGGAAUUAUUUACUGUUUAAAAGACAUACCUCCACUUAACUUAAACUAUUUGGAUAAUAAUUAAGAUUUAAAAUAUAUUAAUGAAUACGUGACAUUUAAGAUUAUGGAAAGCUUUAGCGCAUUUAAUGCUACAGUCUUGAAUUAUUACAAUCUAAUUAAAUAUGUAAAAGAUGAUACUUUUCUCAAAUAAGCUGAAAGAAUAUAUAAAAUAUAUGAAAAUCCUCAUUUAAAUACUUCUUUUGUUUAGUCUUUUAAACCUGUUGAAGCUUUUUUAUAUUCUCUUUUUAAAGAUAUGAUAUAGUAUUACAGAUUAUAAAAGCAAUAUAAUCUUUUAGUUUGA